AUGAGGAAGACACUUGUGUUCUACAAAGGAAGAGCUCCUCAUGGCCAGAAGACUGAUUGGAUCAUGCAUGAGUAUCGGCUUGAAGAUACUGAUGAUCCUCAAGGAAACACUAGUGAAGAUGGAUGGGUGGUUUGUAGGGUAUUCAUGAAGAAGAAUUUGUUCAAGGUAGUGACUGAAGGAGGUUCAAGCAUUAACUCAACGGACCAAUACAACCAUGAUGCCUCCAACAACAACAACACGCUCCAAGCUCGUAGCUUCAUGCACCGAGAGAGUCCUUACCAGCUAGUACGUAACCACGGAGCCACGACCUUUGAACUCAACAAGCCUGACCUUACACUUCAUCAAUACCCACCAAUCUUCCACAAGCCACCUUCCCUUGGAUUUGAAUACUCUUCAGGGCUUCCAAGAGACUGCGAAAGUGCGGCUAGUGAAGGGUUACAAUACCAGCAAGCGUGUGAGCCCGGUUUGGAGGUUGGCACGUGCGAGGCCGUUGCUAGCCAUAACCAUCAACAAGGUUUAGGUGAAUGGUCAAUGAUGGAUAGGAUUGUGACUUGUCAUAUGGGAAAUGAUGAUUCUUCUAGAGGGAAUAGGUUUGAGGGUGGUAACAACAAUUCUUCGUCUGUUGUUCAGCCAGUUCAUGAGACGAAUCAGCUUUCGUUGCGCAGUGAGAUGGAUUUCUGGGGUUAUUCUAAAUAG